CCAAUGAGAGGGAAUCGGGUCCUUUUUUGUGUGUGUGUGUGAGUGAAUGUGUCGGCUGAUUGGGAAGUGUUGAUAUGGCGCUGCCGUGGGAGAGGAAGGGAUACGGAGGAGCUGCGGUAACAGGAGCCCAGGCACCACCACCACCAUCACCGGCGGUAGCAGCAGCAGCAGCUGCCCCGACGCUUGAGCGCUAGCUGCCGGCCAGGGGCAGCGCAGGGAGCCGCUCACUCAACUCAUUCACUCACUCAACGAAUCCACCGCCGCUGCAGCAUCGCUCGGUCUCUCUCAGCCAAAAGCAAGGCUCACAAUCUACAGUACUGCAUGUGAAGAGGAUCAGCCACAAUCAAAUCCUAGCCUUUAGGUGUCAUUGGGGCUGGUUGGAACGUAUAAAGUUUCCCUAGUUAGCCUGUAAUAUAGAUUCUAUAUAUUUAUACAUAUAUCUAUCUCAAGUUGUGCUAGUGUUUUAAAUUAAGGCUCCCCUGCUGCAGGUUAGCUGAGGGUUUUUUUUUAUUUGUUCUCGCUUUUUGCCCUGGUUGUUUUCUGGUUACAACUGUCCAACCAACAUGCCUAGCAAAACCAAAUACAACUUAGUGGACGAUGGACAUGACUUGCGUAUUCCUUUGCACAAUGAAGAAGCCUUUCAGCAUGGCAUCAGUUUCGAGGCGAAGUAUAUCGGGACAUUGGACGUACCCAGGCCGAACAGCAGGGUGGAGAUCGUUGCUGCUAUGAGAAGGAUAAGGUAUGAAUUCAAAGCCAAGAACAUCAAGAAAAAGAAAGUGAAUAUAAUGGUGUCAGUGGAUGGUGUCAAAGUUCUUCUCAGGAAGAAGAAGAAGAUGACCAAGAGUCUAGAAGCUAAGGAUGAGGACAGGAGAGUGACCCCGACUUCAUUCUGGAUGACUCUCCUUAAGAAAGAAUGGACCUGGGAUGAGAGCAAGAUGUUGAUUAUGCAGGAUCCUAUCUACAGGAUAUUCUAUGUGUCCCAUGACUCUCAAGACCUCAAGAUCUUCAGUUACAUUGCCAGAGAUGGGUCCAGCAACGUUUUCCGAUGCAAUGUCUUCAAAUCUAAAAAGAAGAGCCAAGCAAUGAGGAUAGUGCGAACUAUAGGCCAAGCCUUUGAGGUGUGCCAUAAGUUGAGUCUCCUGCACACUGAGCAACCUGCAGAUGGAGAGGAUGACCAAGGGAGUGAAGAGAGUGCUGACAACAGCAGUGCCCCAGCCCAACAGCUCACUGAGACAGAGAAAGAGGCUUCAGAGGAGACUGAUAUAGACGCCAUUGAACCGCCCAUCCACGAGAGUUCUGAGGUAGAUUUCAGCCGAGGUGUGACUGACCUGGAUGCGGUACGCAAGGAACAGGACCUUCACCAGGUCAAAAAGCUUCAUGACGACAGUCCUAGCAUUCUCCUGGCUACUCCCAAAAUGUUGCUGCCUUCCACAAGCCAGCUGCCGUCAGGCACCCCACUCUCAGUUCACCACCAGAUCCAGCUCCUUCAACAGCACCUACAACAGCAACAGCAGCAGACCCAGGUGGCUGUGGCCCAGGUUCAUUUACUGAAGGAUCAGUUGGCGGCCGAGGCAGCAGCUAGGAUUGAGGCCCAGGCUCGAGUCCAUCAGCUGCUGCUCCAGAAUAAGGACCUACUGAAACACAUCUCACUGCUCGUGAAGCAAGUGCAAGAACUGGAGCUCAAACUUGCUGGCCACAGUUCAACAGGCUCACAGGACAGCUUAUUGGAAAUCACCUACCGAUCGAAUGUGCCACCGGUACUGUGCGAUCCCACCACACCCAAACCCGAGGACAUUUGCCUGCCGCAGCUAUGCGACGGAUCAGACCUCCCCCUUUCACUGGGAAGUCCGCUAGGUAUGGAUGACUGUCUGGUAAAACUGGAGUGCUUCCACUUCCUGCACGAUGAAAAGAGGUCCCAUGAAGAAUUCAUGGGCAGUCUGGAGCUGAUCAAGUUCCGGGAAUCAGGAAUAGCGUCUGAAUACGAGUCUAAUACCGAUGAGAGUGAGGAGAGGGACUGCUGGGUAAAUGAGGAGUCAAUUCGGUUAAUGAAUGUGCUGAAGAGGCAGGAUGUGGGGGACUGUCUGGAUGAUGAAAUUGCAGUGUAGUAGCCACUGCUUCUCUCAUUGAAAUGUGACGCGUUGAUCUCAUCCAAUGGUCAACCAGUCAUGUCGGAAUAAUAGCAACUGAUUUUCAGUCCUGAUACAAUUGAUUUAAAGUGACAGUAGUGCAUUCUGUUUAAACUCAGCCUGUACUUUGCUUCCUUAAAUAUCUAGUUCCAAAGUUUUAUAAAAAGGAAUUGAUGUAUCAUCAUAUUCUUUAAACGUUGUGGAAUGGUAGAAGCUUACAAAUGCCUAAAGAAGGCAAACCAAGUUACAGUUAUAAGCAAUUAGUGAAUCGGAUCAGUGUAAGUAAUAUCUCUUUGAACUGAAAUAUUUGCACCAUCGAUAAAGUGAUUACUUGUGUAUUGACAUCACAAAUGCUGACUAAGUCAACAUUCUAUCCUUUCAGCUGGUCAUAGCGUUGUUUUACUUGCCAAUAGUAUAUUUUGUUGGUUAGCAACAGAUAGGAGUGCACCGUCUGUACCUAAUUUACUUGUCAUUUUCACUUCAGAAAUAAUAUUGAGAAUCACUUGGACACUAAUGGCAAAUAUUUGAAAGGAUAUGUAGUUGUUGAAUUGGACAGCUUCAUGAAAACUAUUCAUUAAUAACGCUGUGUCCAAAAUAAUCCAGGUGGAAACUGUAUAACAUGCAAAGAUUUUACAUUCCAUAUGUCUAGUGUUAAAUUGGAAGUAUUUUUGAAAAUCACUGAACAAACACAGCAAGCUCCGAUAUCCUUUCAAAGUGUUUAGACUCCAGGUUCACUAAUUAGCUACUGGUGGAUUCAUUACUAAUUUGGGGCUCUGCCUUGAGAAAAAAAUGUUUGACAAAUCUUUUCAUUUUCAUUUUGGCUGCUGUGUGAACAUCAAUCAUUUAAACAUGAUCAUGAGAUGUCUUCAAAUCAAGAGAUGGCGUAUGUGAUUUUGAGUCUUCCCUCUUUCACAGGGAAAGUUUACCCACACUAAUGGUGCAUAGGGGAGCACAUCUACCUAUAAUAAAGCUGGUUGCUAGUUUAAAGGGAGGACUGACUUAUCAUCAUUUUGGCAGAUAAAGACUCAGAGGAAUUGCACAUUCCCUGUCAUAAAGGGAAUGUUGCUGGAAAUCUGCAAUAAACACAGAGAAUGCUGGAGUAGUUCUGGUGGCAGAUAGAGACACAGUUAACAUUUCAAAUCUGGUAUGACUCUUCUUUGGAACUGUUCUGAAUUAGAGUCAUACUGGACUCUUACUCAAAACAUUCCCUGUGUUUGUUGCAUACCUUGUCUGUUAUGUUAGCAUCAUGUGCAAUUAAGUUUCUCUGACACGAGGAAGCGAGUGUGUUGUGAUUUGAUAAAACUUAUCCCAAACAACUGAAGGUUUGAGGAGGGAAGGGGUUGAAUGUUUUCCUUUUAGUCUGAAACAGUGUCAACGGUUAGGUUAUAAUAGACUGGAGGGAAAUUCUUUGCAUUCAGCUGCCAGUGGUUAGACUAUUGACCUUCCCAUUGAUCACACUGCAGUCUCCUGGAUGGGUAGUGCGGGAUUACUUGGCUUGAUGCUUUACUUGUAUUGGGAGUUAGAAAUGUUGGUUCAAACUGGAUCCAAAUUUUGACUUGUCAUUCAACUGACACAAUGAGGACACCCUCCAUCAAUCUCCCCUCAACCUGAGGAAAGAAAGAAAAAGCUUGCAACUUGUUUCUGGCCUUGUGGCAAACAAUUUUGCAUGUGUAAAAUAAAACAGAUGAAAGGUAAAGGGUGAAGUAGGUUAAAAUAAGGACUCUCGAUAAUUGAAAUAAAUCUUAGAAGGAAGAGCAUGGCGGGGGGGAAGCAGGCAGGGCCAAAAUCUUGGUUUUAUGCAACAGGUGAUUUAAAAUCAUUCCAGUAUGGUGUCUAUAUGUUUUAUGACUGCAAUAUCUCAGCUACUUGAGGAAGAUCAAGGGAUUUUCAUGGUUAGUAAAUUUUAACUAAAUUCCUUUCUGAAUAAAGGGAGAUGCAGAGAGCUCAAAAUUUGUCGAAGGUGUCAUGACUCCAGGGUUAAUCUUUCUUUCCAAGUAUCACUGUACCAGAAAUGGUUCAUAAUUCAAGCAUUUGAGUCUUUUUUUUUAAUGUGAAUUAAGUUAUGUGGCAUCUAGAGCAGCAAAAUAAAUCUUGCAUGAAACUGGAAGUGAAUAAAUUCUGGCUGGAAUGGAUACUAGCAGGGGAUUUCUGGGUGACUGUUUAAUAUCAGGAGUUAAUUUCUGCUUACAAAUCAUUUCAACUCCACCUUUGUGGUUUCUAGCGUUAUAUAAAUCUCCUUGAUUUUAUACUACCAUCUUGCAAUCACCUUAUCUAUAAUUCUAGACUUGAUUGCAUUUUUAUAACCAUUUUAUUUAUAGUCUGUUCCAGUACAGUGAUACAUUUUGAAAAUGAGAAGACAAAGAUGAUGAGGAGCAGGUUUGACGAGCUGCCCUUUUCAAAACUGCUGUAACUGGAUGUGGUGGUUUCAUGCUCCCUAACUAUCCCAGAGCAAUGUAAAGACUGAGCCUUGUCUUCUGUUGUGCCUAGUGCAGUAUUUCUUUCCUGCCUGUUGAUCCACAGACUCAUUCAAUUCUCAGAUCUAAUUUGGAUAGCCAGAGGAAUGAGUAUGUUAUGACAACUACCUGUAGAAGUGAGAAUAAAUGGGUGGUGGACAAAUGAAAACACAGGUCCAUCUAGUUCAUCUAUCAUCCUGGUAGCGACCUUGUAUCAUGACAUUGGUGUUAUUGAUUAUUCAUAGGAAGCAAGCAUUCUAGUGAGUCAAGAUAUGAGGCAAGGAAUAACCCUGUUGUGGCAGAAUUUCAGAGACACUGGACUUCCUCCAAAGCACACAACACUUUACCAUUUCAUCCCUUAAAUUGCUCUAAUGUUCUUUUGAAGUAAUCAUUCUAUCCAACUGGUAGGGAAAAUGAGAGUUUAGUUGAAACUAAAAGGCUGGGAAGAAAUCUUUUAUUUUGCAAGUCUGUUGUUACAUUGAACUCAUGUCUGAUUCCUCUAGGGAUUGUGUUCUCUCAUAGAGCAUAGAGAAUGGGGUCCUUUGAACAUGCACAUCAUUCUGUGUGAUCAUGGCUCACCAUUCAACUCUGUACCCUGUUACUGCCCGCACCCCAUACCCUUUGAUCACUUUAAUCCAAAGAACUGUAUCUGACCCAUUUUUUGAAAACGGUUUCUUGCUGCUUUGUAUGUGGACCCGUGAGAAAGUCUCUGUAAAAACUUUCUUCUUUGGCUGCGAUUCAUGUGAAUGGGCUGCCGAAGGAAAAAAAAAACCUUCAGAGAUUUGUUUUAAGGAAUAAGUGGUCAACGUCCAUGUCAACAUGAUCAUCCACAGUGAGGAUGUGGAUGAAUGUCCUUUGAUCCUGAGUAGUCAGACUUUCAAAUCCACAGACAGUAGUGUUGGCUAAUCUGCCAGUGAACUGUGGGUGGAGGGAUUGUGGUGAGAAGUGGAGUGAGAGCAGGGGUCAGAGGACACUCAUGAGGGUGACCCUCAGAAUAUGCAAGGGGGAGAAUGUCAGUGAGAGAAGACAAAUGGAGUUGUUGGGGGUUACUGCUGUCGACAAGACAGAGAUAUACGAGACGCACAAUCUCAUGGAAGCCACAGAAUAUAGGUUGAUUCAGGCUCAAUAUGCCAGCAGUUGAGAAGGAACAAGGAAGUGUACUGAGAGGAAGUGGUAGGAAUCCAAGGAGAGGCAAGUUUCCAGAGUGGGAGGAGAUGAAGGGACCUUAGUUGGGAGCACAGAAUGCAGGCCUCAGUCUGGCAAGAAUAAACAAUGGAGAAAGAAGUAGUCAAGACAGACGUGUAUGGCAAAAACAAAAUUGGGUGCAUCUAAAAUUGUUAAAUAAAGAAGCCACAAACUCACUGUGCAAGAUCAACAACCUCAGACCAUAUAAUUUGCAGUCUGAAAUUGUCUAACUGCAAAAUUUACAAUCUCAAUCUGCAGGAUCCACGCUCACAUUCUACAGAACCCAGUCUGAAACAGUUGAAUUGACAAUUUAACUUCAAAAUCCACAACCCUGAUCUGCAAGGUCUGAAAUCUUGAUCUGCAGAAUCCAGAACACAAAAUGUGGAAUCCACAUUCUCAAGCUGUGGGUAUUAUGGCCUUAAAGUUUAGAAUCUCCAACCUCAAAAUUACAGAUCAUAUGACCUCCUACUGUUGAGUUCAUGAUCUUUAAACCCCAGGGUCCACAGUCAUUGCUGUGCAAAAUUCAGAAAUUCAAACUAAGCAGUCGUAACUGAGCCUGCGGAAUCUUUCAACUCACUGUAGAAUCCACAAUCUCACCAAACAGAGUCAUUCUCCAGAUUCCAAAGUUCUCCUCUUCGGUCUCAAUGUGGAGAGUCCACACUUGCAACCGACGGAAUCAACAGCGUUGCUCUCCUCAGUCCUCAAUAUCCGAAUCACAGUCUCACUUGGCAGAUUCCACAAACUCAAACUGAAAAAUUCACAAACUCAAAUUGCGGUUUCCAUGAUUUCAGGAUCCACCAGCAUAAGCUGUGGAAGUUUCCAGCUUCGCUCUGCCGAAUCCACUAUCUCCAGUUUCAGGAUGCAGGAUCACAAAACGAACACGGGUCAAGCUGUAGAUUUCACAUUCAUAGCAGAAUUCCUCCCUGCCCAGAAACCUCCCCAAUGGGGAAUUACUUUUAUUUGUCACUGCAAACCUCAUAGAAGCGUCCCCACCUCAACAGCGACACAACGGUGGGUAUUUUAGACCUUGGUAUGGGAGGGAAGAUUUACAUCAGGGCAUGAAUUCUGAAUCUUGACUCUUUCGUGAGAAUGAGAGCAAUAGUAGUAAAUUAUUGUAAAUAUUGAGAAGUAGAAAUAUGUGCAUUUAUAUAGCACCUUUCACAGUCCUCCGAUGCCUUGAAGCCAUUAAAGUAUACUUUGAAUUGUAGUCAUUGUUGUAAUGUUGGAAAUACAGCAGAUAAUUUUCCCUACAUCUAUCUCCCAUAAACAGUAAAUGACUAGAAAAUCUAUUUUUGUGCUGCUAAUUAAUUCUGGGAAGAUAUCUCCUUUGUAUUUCUGACAAAGAGGGAUCAUCUUAUAUCCAUCUGAGAGGGCAGAUGGUCUCAGUUUAUCAUCUGAUCUAAAAGGACUGCACCUCUAACAAUACUGUACUCCCUUAAUAUUGCACUGGAGAGUAGGCCUUGAUUUGUGGUGCUUGAAUCCUGGAGUGGGGCUUGAACCCAGAACCUCAGAGGCAGGAGUGCUGCCAAUUGAACACGCAUUUGUACUUGUCUUGUGCAUCUUUAUGCACAUACUGUAGGCAGCGCACGCACAGUAAAUACAAGUUCACACACCCCUUCCUGUCAUUUUACACAUUGAAGUGUUCGUGGAUUAAUUGAUUUUAGACCACUUAAAUACUAAAACACAGAGCACAUUCAAUCGGACCUCAAAACUGUGGAUCACUUCGUGUCCACCCAUUGCACCACACCUUGCAUUCACCAAAUUACCCACUCUUCAGAAUCACUCACUCUAAUGUGAAUCCUUUCAAUCCAGAGAUUAACAAGCGUGAUUAGGCUGUAAGUCUGUCAGCCGGUCUUUGAAUAAUUGAAGCACGUGAAUUAACUUCAUAUUAUAAGCAUCAAAUGACUGUAUGCUGGCACUCUGUCCGUAAUGGCAUUGCUAUGUGCUUUCAUAGAUUGAAUAAUUUUUAUUUUUGUCAACUGAUAUACCUAAAGCAGUAGAAUGUGAACUAGUACAUUUUAAGUCCAUCAUUGUUUUAUCUCAAUAUUCGUAAAAAAGAUGUUUGUUAGAAGCAAAGUUAACUUUGUGAUUUAUUUUUAACUGUACAUACAUGUCACAGUUUCUCUGUGGGAACUGAGCACUCUUUAAACCACCUUACUGGUGGAAAUUAUAAUAGGUUAUGAAUAAUGCUGAGUGUAAAAUGAAGCUUUAUUAGCCUCACUGGGCCCUAAUAGUGCAGAGGAGAUUAAAUGAAGGUCACCAGUGAAAUGUCAGCAUCAUUAGCUCAGUCCAGCUGUGUGGCAGUCAGUCUUGUACAAAUUGGAUUUUCAGAUAUGUUUCUUCAGUAACUGCAAAGAGCCAUCAAUAUAUUUUUGAGGCUUGAUACAGAUUUAUUUGCAGUGGUUCACUUAGAUUUUUGUUUUGUGAUCAGCCCUCGUCUUUUUUAAAAGGCUGCUGUUUGUGGUAGGAGCUGUGUACACUUUGAUUCACACCGGCACUUGAUGUAGCUUUGUGCAAGAAGGUCUGUGGCGACAAAUAAUUAGCAAAACGCACUUAUUUUAAAAAGAUGGCUCUCUUAACUAUGCUUUAGUUUUAAACAGAGACAACAGCAUCAAAAUACUUAUUUUGCAGAAGCUUUAAGGCAAGGCUCCAAAGUGAAAGGGUAGAUUUUACAAAUGGCAUGAUAAAUGCUAACCAUUAAUGUGAAAACAUUAUCGACAGUAUGCAUUGACAUAUCUCAGGUGACACUGUCGUCACAAUGACCUGCAGCUCCUUUAACUCCAUUAUUCUUCGAACAAUGAAGACUUGCCAAGCAGUUUCUUCCAAAAUACUGACCUUUAAAACAAUGUAGGGAUGAAGUAAUAGCUGUGUUUUGUGUGUGUGUGAAAAAUGAUUUGAACUCUGAACAUACCUGCAGCAACCAUUCCCCCAACCCCAGCACCAUCCCACUUCCUACCAGUAAAAGCAGAUGUGUUUUACACUAUAGUGUUUUAUUUCUGGCUGUAGGCUUAAGUUUGUCACUGAGGGGCAAACUGCGGGGACUUAGCUCAAAAUGUACAGAAUCUUACAAUUCACCCAUCGUGCUUGUGCCAAAAUGAUCAACUUGGUUGUACUCCCUUAUUUUCCGAUAACCCUACACAUUUUGUUUUAAUUUUCUGUAAGAUUACCCACUUGCAUUUUGAAGAUUGCUGUCAAACCUGCUUCUUCAAGCACUGUAUUUUAAAUCAUAACCAUUCACUGUGUUAAUAAAAUUCUCCUCAUCUCCACCCACCCCCACAGCUUUACUGCCAGCUAUCUUAGAUGUCUUCUGUUUAUUAACCUUCCUGCCAGAAUAAACACUUCCUCCUUGUUCCUAGUAUCCAAACCACACCUAAUUUUGAAGAGCUUCUACUCAAUCCUCCUUUGCCUUCUCUAAUUGCAUUUUCUCAAAAUAAAAAUCCUGAAACCUUCCCCAUUUUGUUUAAGAAGGUCUGAAAUAAGGAAAAAAUUAAAUCAUUGGCUUUCUUGCUGAAAUGGAGCCCCUCUAAUGGUCAUCCCUGCUCUCAAAGCCCCAGAAAACUCAAAGAUUGGGACUAUCACUGUGAAUCUUGGGUUGGUUCCAAUGAAUGCAAUUGGAUUCUAAUUGAAGACCAGUCUAAGGACUACUCCAGAGACCAGAGAGGAGGAAGUACAUUUGUUUCAUCAAAACAAAAUACAAACCAAACUCUUCUGUACAUUUGAAGCGUACUUUGAAAUUAAAAAAAAUCAACUCAAGCUUUAACCUUGAGUAAUGUUUCACCAUUUACUUCUGAGGUGAAAACUAUGGUGAAUGAAGUGGUUCAUUCUAAAACCAUUGCAUUUUGAAAAGGAGCCAGUUUCAAGUUGUGCCACAUUACAGUUCUUAAUGGGCAUUAAUUCAAACAGAUGAGCGAAGUCCGAAGAAGGUCUUAAGCUCGGAAAGCUGAAGUCACGUUUUUAAUGGAAUAUGUUGCGUUGGUGAGAUUAAUAGUUCAGAGCUGAUGGAUAACAUUCCAUUGCUGACCAUUAGAGAAAUACUGAAAUCCUUAGAAAGAUAGAGAAUAAAUUAGCUAAAUCUUGAUUCAGUGUACACUAAUAAGUUAUGGUCAAGAGUGUGGUGCUGGAAAA